GGCCGCCGUCCCCUGUCAACGUGACUGUGACGCAGCUGAAGGCGAAUUCUGCCACUGUCUCGUGGGACGUCCCUGAAGGAGACGUGGUCAUCGGCUACGCCAUCUUACAGCAGCGGCAGGACGGGCAGAUGCAGCGCUUCAUCCGGGAGGUGAACACCACCAACAGGGCCUGCGUGCUGUGGGACCUGGCGGAGGACGCCGACUACAUCAUCCAGGUGCAGAGCAUUGGCCUGUAUGGGGAGAGCCAGGCCAGCAAGCGUGUGCACUUCCGAACACUGAAGGAGACCGACCGGCUCCCCUCCAACAGCUCCAACCAAGGGGACAUCACCAUGGAAGGGCUGGACAAGGACAGGCAGCUGCAGACAGGCGAGAUUAUCAUCAUUGUGGCCGUGCUGCUCAUGUGGGCAGCUGUGAUCGCCCUGUUCUGCAGACAGUACGACAUCAUCAAGGACAACGACUCCAACAACAACAAGGAGAAGACGAAGCCAUCCUCAGAGCACAGCACGCCAGAGCGGCCUACUGGGGGGCUGCUGCGAAGCAAGGGUGGUCUUUAUCCUCCACGCAGCAGCCAGCGCCUGGCCCUGGCACGAUGCUCCUCCGAAGCUGCACCUCUUCUUCAUCCCAUGGACAGGUCCAGCUUUGGCCUGUUGAGGCAGGAGAUAACCAAGCUGGGCUUCUGUUCCUGUGGCUUCUGCACUGGCCCAUCUCUGAUGGCUUCCAGCCUUCCCCAGGGCCUGUUCUAGGCCAUCAACAUACAGGUCAUUCUUGGGAAAGACCUCAGAGCCUUCUCCCCACUGCAAUGCAGUGACUGUGACAGGCUUUGGGAAGGGUGAGAGGGCCUCAUUCAUCUGUCUGUUCCCUUGGCACCAUCUCUUCUCCCUUUGGUGCCUGMCAAAGACAUGUGCACCUGGUGCACAUGUUGUAACGAGACCUUGCACUAGGUUUGCCCUUGCAUCUCAUCUGCCUCCUUUGUCGAUGGUGCCAGCUCCACCUUCUGUGUUGCUCACCUGCUCCUCUGCUUUCAUGUCUCG